AUGCACAGCAACGCCUGGGUGGUCGACCUGCCGGCUAUCGAGACGCACGACUUGGCGGCCGUCACGCGCCCGACCGAGUGUCCCUUUGCCAUUGGCCAGCUCCCCAUCUCGUGGGUGGGCGAGUCCUUCUACAUCGACUGCGGCAAACGCCAUGGCGCCGAGAUACUCUUCGGCGACCGUCAGCUGUCGCUCAAGAAGUGUAUCGAGACCUGCUACUACGGCAAGUACUAG